UGGCUGAAGCACGCCACAUCUGAGCUGAAAAAAGAACUGAAUGCCUUGGGCCAAAUUCAUUCCUGGAGUUGCUUGAUUGAACACAAUGCAUUUAUACUGAGCGCAGAUUUGGCUCAUACCUGACUUUGUCAUCAUUCACUGUGCUGUAACUAAGUAACAAGAACACUGUCAUUAGGGGACAGAUGAACAGCUUUCUCUAGGGUUAUUAGAGCACUCAGCACCUUUAAGGAGCGCAGAAACCGGUGAAAGGAGGAGUUGGAGAAAAGGACACCGCUCCUUUUAGAGUCUGUGUAACAGGACUGAUAAGCUAUUCCUGUGAUGUGAUCGAACGUGACUGAAUACUGCAGGCUCUUGGACUCUUAUUCUAUAAAAUCCACAGCAGAGCAGCACAGGAAAAGAUCGGAGGGAACAGCUUCUGCUGUACUGAGAAAGAUGCUGGAGAGCUCUUCAGUCCUUUUGUUCAUUGUUUUCCUCCUGCUUUUCAUUUUGCUGCUCUUUGUGGUACUCAUCAAGAGAAACCCCACUGUUGCCCUUCUCUGGAAUGAAAUAAUCAUGGAGAAAAUAACCAAUUUAAUCAUGAAUCAGACCAAGGAACAAAGGAUUUUAAAUUUUGUGCUGCAGAAUGCAGUCCGAGGAGACCCCUGUAGUGUGCUGGAUGCUAUAGAUAAGUACUGCUCCGAGAAAGAGUGGGCCAUGAAUGUGGGCAAUGAGAAAGGUGUAAUUCUAGACAAGACAGUGGAAGAGGUUAGUCCAUCGGUUGCACUGGAGCUGGGAACAUACUGUGGCUACUCAGGAGUCAGGAUUGCUCGGCUGCUGAAGGCAGGAGCUCGUCUUCUUACUGUGGAGUUCAACCCAGAGUUUGCUGCUAUAGCUAAACAGAUGUUUGAGUUUGCUGGAGUGCAAGAUAAGGUAAGACUCCUAGAAGGCCCUUCAGAGGAAAUUAUUCCCCAGCUGAAGAAAAAAUAUGAAGUGGAUACUCUAGAUUUUGUCUUCCUGGACCACUGGAAAGACAGAUACGCACCAGACACCAUCCUGCUUCAGGAAUGCAACUUGCUGAGGAAGGGAUCUGUUCUUCUGGCCGACAAUGUCAUCAUCCCAGGAACUCCAGAAUUCCUUAACUAUGUCCGCAACAACUCCCAUUUCCAAUGCACUAACUACCCGUCUCAUCUGGAAUAUAUGAAAGCUGCUGAUGCUAUGGAAAAGGCUGUGUUUUUGGGAUAAAGAGGGCCAUUACUACUUAACCAUGUAAAUGCAGCUGCACAAGUUAAUUUUUCUAUGCUUUAAAUUUUGGGGUGUGAUUUUUUUUUGUAUUUUGGAGCCUGUAAUUAAGGCAAGUACUAGUGGAGAUCACAAA